CUAGCCUAUUAUUUAAAAGUCUGUUUAAGGCGACAGAUCUUCACAAGCCCUGAUACUGCGCGCAUGCAAGUACAACCCGUCCACUCUUACCGAAAGGAAACGGACAACUAAAGACGGCAAGACUACAAUUAAAGACAACUGGACUUCCAUGACCGGGGUAUCAAUGAAGACAGGCACGCGCACAGGAGAGGAGCUAUCAGCUGCUACUAUCAACAUGGAAAACAAACCAGACCCGGGCUGUGAGUCACCAUUGUGCGCGGGCUGUGGCGCGCGGAUCUCGGAUCGCUUCUACCUGCUCGCGGCAGACAGACGGUGGCACGAGCGCUGUUUGAAAUGUAGCGCGUGCCACGCUGACCUGGAGUCAGAGCUCACGUGCUUCAGUAAACACGGAGACAUUUACUGUAAGGAGGACUAUUACAGUAGGUUUUCUUCGCAAAGAUGUGCACGGUGUCACCUGGGAAUCUCUGCUGCAGAGAUAGUGAUGCGCGCCAGGGAUCUGGUGUACCACUUGAGCUGUUUUUCCUGUGCCACCUGCGACAAAGUGCUAUUCACUGGAGAUCACUACGGGAUGAGGGAGACGUCAGUGUACUGUCGGGUACAUUUCGAGAUGAUGCUACAGAAGGAGUGUCUUAAGGAUUUGUAUUAUUCUGACGUGUCUCCAAUAGAGCUAAACUCUGAGAGCAGCACAUACAAUGAAGGGACACCUGUGCGCAGAGGACGGGCCCGGAAGAGGAAACAUUUUGAUGCCGCUGACCAUGGGACUUAUAACUCAGACGUGAGCGAUAUGGGUGUGGAGCUGUCGGAGAGAGUGAGCUGUCAAAAGUCCAAACGCAUGAGAACGUCUUUCAAGCAUCACCAGCUGCGGAGCAUGCAGUCGUUCUUCACCCACAACCACAAUCCAGAUGCCAAAGACCUCAAAGAGCUCUCCCAGAAAACCGGCCUCACCAAACGUGUGCUCCAGGUUUGGUUCCAGAAUGCCCGAGCAAAAUUCAGGAGAAAUUGUCUAUAUGAGGAGAGCGUGGGAGUGGACAAUGUUUCUGACAAUUCCACCAUCACGUCCCCAUCGGUGCCUUCACCUGAGCUUUCUCACGGAUCCUUGAGCCCAUCAAGCCCCAACACCGGCACCUCUCCAUCUCAACACACACACACACACACGCAACACAAAACACAACAGCAUUAGCCAUUCACAAUGUACACUCCCCAAUUUCUUCAGAGUUCCUCUACCAGUAGUUUUUGAUUGUUGUUAUACUAUAUUAUCUUUAAAGUUAGUGUAUUUGUUAGGCCUGUUGGAGUCUUUGAAGCACCAGCACACAGUAAAAGAGAAGCCACCUCC